AUGACUCUCUCCUCCGCCUUCCCAUCCCUCCACUCCUCUCCCGACUACUGCGCCCCGAAUCCGCUCUGCGAAUACAGCUCCCCAACCACCACACACGUUGGCUGGCAAUCCUCGGGGUCAUGGCGUGAUUCCUUCGACAUCCUAUACAGUUGCCUGGCCACCCUCCUCGCGUGCGCCUGGUCCAUCCAAGCCCUAAACGUCCCCGCAAAGAAUGACAAACUGUGGCGCAAGGUCCUCCGCCGCGUGAAAUGGAUGUGCAUCACGCUCGCCUUUCCGGAAUUCAUUACUGCAGUCGCGUUGACGGAGCUAUGGCGCGCGCGCCAGACGCGCGACGAUAUCAAGAAGACGCUCAAGCCGAAUGCGGAGCCGUGGACUCUGACGCAUGGCUUCUUUGUUAAUAUGGGUGGAUAUGUCCUCGUUCCUCAGGAAGGUGAUCGGGAGCCCUUUCCCCUGACCGGGGAGACGCUUUUGAUCCUUGUUGAGAAUGAUCUCAUCGAUGUGCCUGAUACCGAGCUGGAUGCUAUUCAAGAUCGGAGUAAGACCGAUUCGUUCGCCCGCGUGUUUACACUCAUGCAGCUGGCCUGGACGGUUAUACAGAGUAUCGCCAGGUACGAGGAGGAUCUGCCCCUUGCGCCGUUGGAGGUUAUCACCGUGUGGUUCAUUCUGCCCAGCGUCUUCACAUUUGUACUGGAAUGGUAUAAACCCAAAGACGUCGACGUGCCGAUUGAGAUCCAGUGCCAUGGCAAAAUAGAGCAGGGGAUCGUCGGCCAGCUCUCGGAAAAGUACGUUUUUAUAUGCGACAAGGGGCUCGAAGACACGGCCACCGACUCUGUGGCGAGGAUCCCCUUCGCCAGACCCGUUAUAUACUACUUGGGAGACGGCGUCACCCAGCCGGGGUGGGUUAUCGCUUCGAUGUUUUUCAUCGGCUGCGCGAUGGGAGCCUAUAAUGCUGCGCAUCUGCUCGUUCACCCGAAUCUAUUCGACUCGAAAUGGUACCUCAUUUGGCGCUAUAUCAGCAUCACUGCGGCGAUACUGCCAGUUGUUCCGAUGCUGUUGAACAUGUUUAGAAGAUGUCUGCCCGCUAGGAUUUCUGAUGUGCUGCUUUCUGGGUGGAUUUAUGUUUAUGCAUUUGCGAGGGUUUUCCUUCUUGUGAUGAGUGUUGAUACGCUUGUGCGGUCGUUGCCAGUGAAUGCUUAUUAUGGUAUAACCUGGACCAACUUCAUUCCACAUUUCUAG